UUUGAUAUCCUUGACUGUUGACUCUUGUUUUAUGUUAGCAUCUUUUGGACGUGUCUGGAGAACUUCAAUACUAUCCUACUUCAGUGUUUUGAUUUACUGCAGCGAUGGCUUUCAUUGAAGGCAGCAGGGGCAUCUACGGACCCAUCAAGGUGAUGAUUGACAGACCUAUUUAUGAAAGGGCUCUGGAGAUCUGCUGGCACAUCCUCUCCUACAAGAACUACAUUGCUGUGCUGACUGAACUUUUGAGACUUCAGCAGGAGGACAGGAUCCCAUCGGAGUUGACUGUCGAGGACAUGACAGACCAGUUUCUAGAGGAGAGCAAAAAGUCGCUCAGAAUGCGCCGCUGGGACUUUGAACGGGAGGGGUUCAGUGAUGACUUCCAGCCUUUUCUGAAGAUGGUGAUGGAUGUUCUCACCAGUAUGAAGAUGAGGGACGUCCAGUUCGAAGCAAGAUGGCUGUUCGAGUACCCAGAAGACAUCCCUCCUUGUUUCCAAAACCCCAAGAUUAUGAAAUUGGCUCAGAAGUUUGGAGAGAGUCUGACGGAGCAGCUGCAGGCGACUCCCCGCUCCAGACUGCUCGGCCCUUCGGAGGUGGUCGUGGAAGUUGUUCCAAAAGUCCUUCAGGGCUUCUGGUUGCCAUCUCCCACCACCUACCUCAACAUGCCCUCCCAGGAGCUCAGCGACAUGGCUGUUGGGGUCACAAAGGCUGUUAUGGAUCGUGUCACGAGGGCUCUGUCCAGUGGUCUUCAUCGAGUCAACGUCUCCCGCCCCAUCAGAGAUGCCGUGGUCCUGUCUGUUCAGGAGAGGGUUAGGCAGAUGUACCCUGAAGACAUCCUGAGGCAGAGACUUGACUGUUUUGCAGCACAGUUGCUGGACGAAAUAGCCGAAGCUGCCACGAGGGACAUUUGUGCGCUUUUCCAACCACAGGCCGACACUGACACUCCCUCGAUCCCGGACAGGGACGACACAGUCCAGAGGCCCACGAAGGAACUAGACUCUCCUGUGGCUGCAGCUCCAUCACAUCAUGUGACCUCUGCUGAUGAACCAGUCAGCCAGGUUGAGGCCGAGCAGCCUGCAACUAACUCCAGCACCAGCUCAGCUGAGAACAGUACUCCAGCUAUUACUUGGAUCGUAGAAGAGCCCACCAGGAACACAGACUCUCCUGUGGCUCCAGCUCUGCCACCUACAGUGUCCCCUGGCAGUGGACUUACUGUCCAAAGAUUUGGCCUCACCAUAACCCUCGCACUGUCGGGCAAGGAGGGUUUGACAGUCAGCCAUGUUGCAGUUGAGCAGCUUGCACCGAACUCCGUCACGAGCUCAGGCGAAGCUCUUGAAAUAGCCUCCGCGCAGGAGGGCAAGGAAAUCAGCCACAAUGAGCACAAGAAGAAGAAGUCCAAAGGAAUCCAACGCUUCUUCGGUCGGUUCCGCAAAAAACGGAGGGAUGUAGGAUGAUGCAGACUGAGACUUUUUUACAUUUGACACAUUUUCUUUUUCCAUUUUCUAUCAUGAUACUUGUCUUUUUUCCCACGUUUUUUUUCCUUCCAUUUUUCCGUUUAGAAUAAUACAUUAAUAAAUAUGUAAAUGAAAAAGGGCUUUGUUGCUUCUCAGUCAGUCCAAAUAACUUCGUCCACAACUGCUGAUUAUUUUCAUAAUCAUUUCAUCUGCUGACUUUUUCCUCAGUCAGUCAUCAGAAAACAAUUAAAUUAGUGAAAUAGAUUCAAUACAAAAGCCUGAGUUGUGCCGCCGGAGGUCGCUGUCUGCCACCGUUUCAGGCAGAGAAGGGGUUGAUGCUGCAGCUCAUGACCUCUACAUACAGUCUAUGCUCUUGGCAGAUCUGGGCUCAGUCGUCACAGAGCCCAGGGAGGCGCUCUCACCCGCAGGAUGCCAGACCUGAGGAAGCAGGAGGGAGCCUGGAGGGAGAGACGAGAGAUGAGCCGCUUCGAAAACACCAGGAUCCGUGAUCCAUGAGAAGAUGAUAUUCAAAUACAGCUAAUAUAUUUACGAAUUGUACUUUAUGGACUGAUUGUGAAAGUUCCAUUCUCUCACACAUGUCCAAAUCUAGUGUCAAACUAAAUCUACAUGCUGUUGCAUCCAAGCAACCCCAGUCUUACAAACAACAAAUAUUGUUGACAAGCUUCGAUUAAAUCUUUUUACUCACUUUUCGACA